CCCCUCCUGCAAGCUUUCUUAGUACAACAGCACAGCUGCCAUCAGCAUGGAGCGUAGGAAAGAAGAAUUAGAAAAAAAGCGCCAGAAACUAGCAGAGCUUAGACGCGCAAGAGAAGAACGUCGAGCCGUACUGGAAUCUCAAACUGCUCAACAAAAUACAACUUCAUCCGCGAGUGGAACCGCUUCACCUGGAAAUAAAGACAGAAAGGCCAUCGAUGAUUUAGUGGCUAUGGUACUUGGUGAGCGACAAGGCUCCCCCAGCCCUGGAGCUGUAGGCUCUGACAGGGGCUCUGACACAGGCUCAGAACGCGCAUCGUCUCGACCAAGUUCAUUACACUUAGUCCCCAGCAUGACUACGCAGACUACCGAGCCAAAAUCCAGUAUUUCCAGCGUUUCAACCUCAGCACGACUCGCUGAACUGUCUGAAGCACAUGCAGACAUUAUUGACAUCCCACCAGCGGUUCAUGUACAUUACAGCAAAGAAGUACAGACCGUCGAAGGCUCGUUUGAUACCCCGCAACUAUCGGAAGAGGAGAUCCGUCGCGAGAUUAUGGAAGAAGUUGAAAAGAAUGAACGGCAAAGACAGGCGAAGCUUGAAGACGAGAGGAAGAAAUUCGAAUCUACAAAGACGGAAGAGCUAAGAGAGCUGAGUGAUGAAGAACGAAAAACCAUUGUUACUUCCCAUACCUUUGCCAACUUUGUGGAUACGUCCUCUAAGAUUGUUGAGCGUGCUUUACAUGAGACUUAUGACUUCAUGAAAGAUUAUACCAUUGGAGCUGAAGUCACCAGUGAGGAUACAUUUUCCAAACGUAUCAAGUAUAUUUGCGAGUUCUGGGAUGAAAAGUGGUCUAAAAAUCGAUCUGUGACUGAUGUCGACUGGUCACCUAAGUACCCUGAACUCAUGGUGUCUUCGUAUAACAAGAAUCCUAUGGCAGUCAACGAGCCUGAUGGUAUUGCAUGUGUAUGGAACUUGCAUAUGCCUGAACGUCCUGAAUUUGUUUUCCAUUCUCAGUCGGACGUACUAGCGGUGAAGUUCAGCUCAUUUCACCCCAAUUAUAUCAUUGGUGGCACUUACUCUGGACAGAUUGUGCUUUGGGAUACCAGAGCAAAAUCAUUGCCUGUUCUCAAAACACCACUAUCCGCUGGCGGACAUACACAUCCAAUCUACUCACUGGAGAUGAUCGGUACCCAAAAUGCUCACAAUCUCAUUUCUGCGAGCACGGAUGGAUUUGUAUGCUCAUGGCAGCUUGAUAUGCUGGCACAACCACAGGACUUUAUUGAGCUGGUGCAUCCAUCACAUAGUAAAACGGACGAGGUGUCCGUGACCUGCAGUGGAUUCCCAGACAAUGAGACCACUUCAUUUUGGGUGGGAACUGAAGAAGGCAAUGUCUAUCAAGCAAAUCGAUAUGACCGUGCUGGAAGCAAAGCAGGUAUAAAUCAGUAUGAUACCUAUAAAGGCCAUGCCGGUGCCAUCACAGGAUUGCAUUUCCACCCUCUAUCUGGUCCGGUUGACUUUUCUGAUCUGUUUCUCACAUCUUCUAUUGAUUGGACUGUCAAGCUAUGGAGAUCCAAGUCCAUCGCCAAAACUUCGACUCAACCAACAACAAUUUUACCCUUGAAUUCGUUCGAACAAGCUGAUGACCAUGUAUACGACGUCAAGUGGUCUCCCACUCAUCCCGCAUUGUUUGGUGCAGUUGAUGGCAAUGGCAAGUUCGAUCUAUGGAACCUGAACGCUGAUACAGAGGAACCCUACGUUAGCACAAUGGUUGGAUCCGGAAAGGCACUCAAUAAGCUUGCCUGGGACAAGGACGGCAAAAGAACAGCCAUUGGAUCCAGCGAUGGGCGAGUAUACAUAUAUGAGCUCGGCGACGUAGCACAUCCCAAACCAGAGGAUUGGCAUUUAUUACAGAAAAACAUAAGCGAGAUGAUCUCCAACCAAGAGAACCCUAACAAAUAAUGAAAUUGUAUAAUUUGAAAUAAUAUUAAACCCCCCUUUCGGAUUCCCACACGCUGUUUGUCAGCUCUGGUGCUGUUCUGGUAGCUGCAGCACAAGUCCGACUUUGAAAAAAAAUUAGGCUUCAAUUGAAUUUCUGGCACUAAGCCU